GGGGCAACAGCCGCAGUCCUACGAUGCAGGGUAGCCCUACGCUGUACGGAGAGACGCUGAACCAGAGCCUGCAGCAGGCGCUAGCCGAGAGCAACCUGCCCCUCCUGAACAGCGCGGCCACCCCCGCAGAGAUGCACCUCGCAAUGGACCGGUCCAGCAACGACUCGAUGCCCGAGGACUUGAGCACUGGAUCCUCGGACAUGCACAUCAAGCAGGAGCGCGACCACGCCGAGAGGCUGCGUCGCCACGGUUACGACGCCGACAGCCACGCCUACUACGGAGCGAAUGGAGGCGAGGAGACUAACGACGAUGACGACGACGCGCCCGUCUCGUUAGUGCAGCGCAUGGAGCCGCCGCGCCCGCGCUCGCAGUCUCCCGUCGUCGAGGAGCCAGCGGGAGAGUACCCUCAGCACCCGGACUACCAGCGCAUCGUGGGGGAAUACGUACACCCCACCGAGUACCCCAUAGACGACCACGUAGAGGACGAAGAAGAAGAGGAGGAGGAGGAGGAGGAGGAGGAAGAGGAGGAAAGAUCCCUGGGAGAGAGGCCAGGACCGGGGGCGGGCAUCCUGGAGGAGGCGGCGCUCGGCGAAGCGUCGUAGUCGCCGGAAAGCUGCGUCGCCGCGGCGACAACGACGAGCGCGAGAGGAGAUGUGCGCGCGUGCGAAGACGACCCCCGUGAACUUUGAACUUUGAACUUUGAAUGAACCCAGUGACCAUUUUGUUCGGGAUGUUGUGUCGGAUGCGAUCCACACCUUUGUUUUCGUUUUGCGCGAGCUUCGUAAGGAAGGAGGAGAACCGUAAGGGAUGCGAUAAGGAGCUCUGUAAGAGAAGAGGAGCACCGUAAGGGAUGCAGCAAGGAGCUCCGUAAGGGAUGUGAUGAUGAGCUCCGUAAGGGAUGCAGUAAGGAGCUCCGUAAGGGAUGCAGAGAAGAACACCAUAAGGGAUGCAGUCAGGAGCACCGUAACGGAUGCAGAGCUCUGUAAGGAACUGAUGAGCUCCGUAAGGGGCAGUAGGGAGCACCAUAUAAGGACAGUUAAUGCUCCAUUAUUGGACAAUGCAUGACAACGGUUAGAGAGCGGCAAGAGCUCCCUAAGGGAGAGGUGUCGGCCGCAGAAAAGGGGGACGAAAGGAGCUCGGUUAGCGGUGAUGCGACAUAUAUGUGCGACUCCGUUUUUGAAUUUGGAAUUUCCGUAAAGAAGUGCCGGCAAAAUAUGAUGCGAGCUCCGUAAGGGGGCAACGGAGCUGAGUAAGAAGAAAAUAGGAGCUCUGUAAGUGGGCAGCGGGAGCUGAGUAGGCAGCCAUUAGGAGCUCCGUAAGGGGGCAACAGGAGCUACGUAAGCAGCCAUUACGGGCUCCGUAAGGGGGCAACGGGAGCUACGUAAGCAGCCAUUACGGGCUCCGUAAGGGGGCAACGGGAGCUACGUAAGCAGCCAUUAGGAGCUCCGUAAGGGGGCAACGGGAGCUACGUAAGCAGCCAUUAGGAGCUCCGUAAGGGGGCAGCGGGAGCUACGCAAGGGAGGCGGACGUGGCGAGGCGGAGCGAUGCACGUCCGUAGCCCAGCGCGCGUGUGCUUCCCCCGCUUCCCGAGACUCCCCGCCCUCCCUCCCCCACUCGCGUCUCGCUUGUAAACCUUCAAAGGUCAGAAUCUUCCCUCGCGGACUGUGAUAGGUGAUCACUAGAGCGGCGGCGACCGUCGUGGCGUGCGUACGGCUCCGCACUGAAACCCAACCCUGUGUGUAGAAAGAGGGUAUCCCUCGAUCAUCGUGUCGUAGGUCUAGUUAGAAUUGUUCGUUCAUCUUGUGUCUCUCUCGCAUCUGCCAUCAUGUGUGGGAGGCCAUGUGCAUAUAUAUAUAUAUAUAUAUAUAUAUGUAUGAUGAUGAUGAUGAUGAUGAUGUUGAUGAUAAUGAUGAUG